CAGCCCUUCAAUUUUCCCCGUUUGUCUUGUUAAUAAAGUUAUUGAAAGCUAGAUUUUCAAGAUGGCGGCGCCCGUCUGUCGAAACGCGCGCCCGGUGCUCCAGAGCUGGUCGGCGCUCUCCACGCGUUUUCGCGGUUUUUCGUCGCGUCCCGCCCGCACACCUGAGAGGACGGCGGAGAGCGCGGACGGCGCCGGUGGUGGUGGACUGAAAGCGGAGGAUUUAGCCGAGAAGAUACGCAAGGAAAAGAGAGAUGCAGAGGUGGAGAAGAAGCAGCAACAGCAGGUCCCCACCUCCCCCCUUCAGGAGCGAGUUCAGGAGCUGAAGAAGUUGAGUGGCCAGCUGCAGCAAGUCCACCCCAAUGUCCUAGCCAAAGUGCUGAAGCAGGGGCUUUUGUUUGAAAAUGAGAACAUCAUUGUGGCGAACAAGCCCUAUGGCGUCCCAAUGGAUGGUGGCCCUAAUGUGAAGAACAACAUAGCUGACAUCUUACCCACUCUUGCAAGAUGCUUGUGGAUGCGAGCAGAGCCCCUGCACAUAUGCCAUAGACUGGACAAGGAGACGACAGGUGCCUUUGUGCUGGCCAAAAGUGAGGGGGCUGCAGAAAUGGAACGCAAAGUUUUGAAAACCCACCAACUGGAGAGAAAAUACUGGGCUCUAUCUGUCGGGGUACCUGUUCCUUCAGAAGGAGUGAUUGACAUCCCGAUUGUGGAGAAGGAAAUUGCCGGCCCUCAGCCUCACUUUAAGAUGGCCCUGUCCCCUCUCUACAGACUGAAUGAGGGAGCUGACAAAGUGACUCGAGUGUCGACCUGCGCAGGUGCUCAGAGUGCUGUGACACGAUAUGGCAUCUUGAGCAGCACAGGCAACAGCGCACUGCUGGAGGUGCAGCCCAGUCACAGGUACUGGGAAUGGGAUGGGGUUUUGGUAGUGGCUACAACUCUCAUGUAUUACUUUGUAUCUGUCUGUUUUUCUAAGUUGUGUAUCCAGCUUAAUAUUGCAAAAAAAGAAAGAAGCAUUCCGGAACAGAUGGCCAGUUUAUCAAAUGGUGGCUACACGGAACUAAUAUUGAUAUCUUCCUUUUUGUGUUCCUCUCUGUGUCCAGGUGUGAAGCAUCAAAUCCGUGUCCACAUGGCCUAUGGCCUGGGUUGCCAGAUCCUGGGAGACCACAAAUACGCCCAUUGGAACAAAUUAGCGCCUCAGAAACUUCCAGAAAGGAUGCUUCAGAAGCUGGGGCUGGAACAAGCCAAGGUGCGUCAUCUGCCUCUUCACCUACAUUUACGCCAGUUGAUCUUACCAGGGGUUGAAGGCCAGGAGGAGAUCCGUGUGAUUUGCCCACUGCCAAAGUUUUUCUUUGGAUCAUUGAAGAAGCUGAAAAUCAAAUUACCGGACAAAGACCAGAAGUGAGGAAAUGGACCACUGCCAGGUGAGCUGAAGCUGAACAUCUAGGCCUUGGACGUGCAGGGUGAAGUAAGUUGGAGUGCAUCAGAUUCUGUGCUUCUGUGUUUAUUUAAUGGUCCUGCACGCCACACAUAUUCAGAGAUGUUCAAGGAGCUCAGCCAACAUCUGCAGUCCAGCAUACCAAAUACCAUAGACUUCUAUAAAGCAGACAUUCUUCAUGUUGAAUGAAAGAUGCAAUUUCAAUUUGGAGUUGUGCUUCAUGGGACAAAUACAUGUUAGUUUUGAUUCCUAAAAAAUAAGACCCACUACUGAAGCAGCUUUUUAUUAUGAGCCUUAUAAUGAUAGAAAUUCUGAUACAAACAUUGUCUGUGAAUUAAAUGGUUAUUCUAAAAACUUGUUAAGACAACUUAAAGGGCUGAUGGAGGUUCUGUGUUUCAUAUUCUCCUCUCCUAAAGGCUUUACUCUCUGGUUGGCUUCUGAGUAUUGGCGUAGAGCCUGGAUGAAAGUCCUUUUUGUUGAAUUUUCAUCUUCUAAAAACCACUACAGGCCCUCUAUCCAAGCUAAUUGUCUCCUGGUUGGCCUGCUUAUAAAAUCCACUGUAGGCCCUGACUCCAAACCCAUUGUCAAGAUGACUAGCUUCAGAAUACUGGUACCGAUCCUAUCUAAUUAGAUAGGUCAUGCUUUCAAGUCUGUUGACCUAGUUAGUCAUCUUCUGGAUACUGGUACAGGCACCAAAUACAAACCAUUGUGCUGAACAGCCACUUUAUGAACAUCACUACUGGUCCUGCCUCCAGACCUUUUAUCUUGAUUGGCCAGCUUCUGAAAUGGUUUAGGCCAUAAAUCUAAGCUCGUUUGUGCAAGUUGGUCAACUUCUGAAGACUGGUACAGGAUCUGUUUUGGGCAGUUUCCAAAGCCCUUCCCUAAUUGGUCAGCCACUGAACACCUUUGAACCUGUGAUCCUGACCAAUGUGACAUCCUUCAAUGAGGCUCUGUCAUAUGCCUGACAAGGUUAUUUUAUUUCUGUGGUCUCUAGGGUACAACAUUGUGUACUUGAGUCUGUUUUUUGACAUUUCACUUUAUGGGGCCUGGUUAGUUCUCAAUAAAUACAUCUCUCUCUUGUUUUUGUAUAUUUGAAUUAUUCACACCAGUAAGUGGAGCAUGUUUUCCAGGAAAUUUUUUAGUAAGCUCAGUCAGAUUCAUGGGAUGAGUUAUCAGAUUAACUUUUCGGUGACGAACUCACAUUUGUGAGUUUAUUUUUGGAAUACAAUGGAUCCUAGUAGUAAACUCAUAGAAGGCAAUGCAGUGUUAGGUUUGAAAAUUGAUUAACUGCAUAAUAUUUAAGCCUCCCCUUUAGAUUGUUAAUGAAGUCUGUUUAAAUCCAAACAGCCUAUAGAUAAAAUAACAAAUUGUUCUUUUAAAUUUUCCUAA